CGCCGCAGCCUCGGGGCUUACCGGUGGCUUGAACGAGUAGGCUUUUCUGCUCAUCGUUGUACAAGUUGUUGUUGCCUUCCGUUCAGCAAGAUGGCUUCCUUUGAGAGGAAUGAUAUGAAAAAGAUUGGGAUAGGCCUGACAGGCUUUGGUGUAUUCUUUUCAUUUCUGGGAAUAAUUUUCUUCUUUGAUAAGGGGCUGAUUGCAAUGGCAAUGCAAACUCUCUUUCUAUCAGGUUUGGGUUUGACUAUUGGACUAAAAUCAACUUUGCUAUUCUUCGCUAAGCCUAAGAACUACAAGGGUGCCAUGUCAUUUGGUGCUGGCUUUUUCCUUGUGCUUAUUGGAUGGCCCUUUUUUGGCAUGAUUCUAGAGGCAUAUGGUUUUAUUGUACUCGUCAGUGGAUUCUGGCCAACUCUUGUGGUUUUCUUGAAAAGGAUUCCUAUCAUUGGUUGGAUAUUUCAGCAACCAUUUGUUACAUCGUUCCUUGACCAUUACCGGGGGAAAAGAGUUCCGGUGUAGUCUCUUCUUACUCGAAGUCUCAUUCUGAUGUUGUGACCUGUGGUCUUCUCAUGACCACAAAUGAUCGUGUCUGGAGACAAGAUUAUUCUCUGUAUAUUGCCCUCACCCUGUCAUUUUGAUGAGGCCUUGGUAUAGUACAACGAAAUUCUGUCCUAGCUCAUAGGUUCUGGUAAAAUCUGAGGAUUAAAAGUUUAGAACCUGUCUUUCCGAAAUACAAAGCAAAUGCUCCUCGUGUUUCUAUAUGAUAUUUUUUCAAUUAGCAUCGUACGGAUCAUUUUGAUGUUAGCACGGACUUCGCUGCCAACAUUUGCUUGAAGAACAAAAUGUUACUGAACUUUUGGCACGAUUAAUGAAGCAGGUCAUAUGCCAGUUUAAGAUAAGGUGACUUGUUUUGGAGUCUUCUGGUGGUAUAGCAUGAGGUCUCUGAUUGUCGCGCACUACUGGAUUUGUAAGCUACAUCGAGCAUGUUGACAUACAAAUGGAGAUAGCUGAACGCCUACAGGCAUACAUUGGAAGGGAAAAGAAUUCACAACAAUGGUUGAAGAUAGUUAAGAGGUGACCCCAGACCAUAUUAGGAUACAGUGGAAACUUAGGCUUUCUUUCAUAUUUAUAUUUGUUUGUUGCAAUAAACUGUCAGAUCUGAU